GCUAGUGUGGUGAUAAGGUAUAUCUGCCCGGCCCCUGCACGGUAUGUAGAUAUACAACUUGAAGCUGGAAGAGUGCUUUUAUGAUCCUGCAUUCCGUAUAACUGUCGAGGUUAUACCGCUCGAGCUCAUGCAGGGAGGUAAGAUACCCAGAUAGCGGCUUUAAUUUUGACAUGGCUCGUUCCUCCUCCCGCGAUACCUGCGGUCUUGUCGUCAUUACUGGUACCUUGUGACAACCGCAGCACAAAGACCAGCUCACUCUGAUUUUGACUUCCGCUGCAGGCACCUGUCGAGGUGCUAGGGGACUAUCAUGCCCAGGGUUCACCAAAUGGGUUCGAUCAAGGGCGUCACCCGGCAGUGCCCAAGUCGCCCUGUCUCGUACUAGCAGGAGGCAGGAAAUCUGAUAAUUAAUAAGUGCCACAAAAUGAUUCAGGCAAACUGCUGGAUACAGUGCCUUUGAACCAUCUCCAUCUUUUGCAACCUGUGCUUAGCAAUUUUCAAACCGAAUGGAUGCACUGCUUGACGAACAAGCCGCACAUCAACUUGAGACUGAGCUGCGGAGCACUGUUCGAGCCACUCUCAGGACGAAAAGACCUGUUCUAACACAUCUAAAUGCUGACACGACCUGGCUUUUGUCCCUUUCUUAUCCUGAUUCUAUUUUUCCACCUACUGGCCGGGCACAAUACAACAUUCUCAUAGAUCCAUGGCUGGAUGGUCCCCAAGAAGACGUGGCCGGUUGGUUCUCGAAACAAUGGCACCAAGCAAAGAGCAGUGUACAGACCAUCGCCCAGCUGGAGGAUGUUUUGCGCGACGUUGAGGCGUUACAACUUCAAGACAACCUCCAAGAUUCCUGCCCCAAGUGCACAAACUCUUUCAUCGACGCCGUGGCAGUCUCCCAUGAGUUCACUGAUCACUGCCACAAAGAAACUCUAUUGCAAAUCAAAUCGAGUGUGCCUGUCUUUGGAAACAGAAAGGCAGUUCGAAUCAUUCGGUCAUGGCGUCACUUUGACACGGUUCUGGAGAUACCAACCUUGCCAAAGGACGUCGAUUGGCGCUCGACAAGCAUUUCUCCUCUGCCCAACUGGAUCGGUAUAGGCAGGUUAGUUACGAGCUACGAUGCAUUGAAUUUACAUUCGGCGAUUGUCAUCUCUGUUGGACGGGCUCAGUCAUCUCUUGAUGCUGCCGAGGCCAUCAUAUACACACCCCAUGGGAUAGAGGCCAUGACGGCCGCUGUGAUUCAGAAGGCAUCACCACCUAUAACAGUUCUUGCGCUUCUGCAUGGAUUACAUGACAUCUCAAUUGCUCGGAGUAAACAGCUCAAUUUUGGGGGCGUGAAUGCGGUCCAAGCAAUGGAGAUACUGCGGGCAAAAUACUGGAUCGGCACCCAUGACGAGGAAAAGCCUGCCAGUGGUUUGAUUGCACCUCUACUUCGAAGGAAAACGGUUACAGUGACAGAAGCCCUUACAAAGGUUCGAGAAUCUCGUCAUCAGACUGCAGAUAUGAUUGAAAGAAAGGUCGGGCUAGAUCCUACAUGCGUAGAGUUGAGAAAUGGUGAGAGCAUUGUGUUAGAAUAACAUGGGGUCCGUCCUGAAUUGAUUAGCCACGCUUACUACUAGGAGACCCGCUGGUGGCGAGGUUGCGUUUAAUCCACCUGCUUGCUUAAUAAAAUGGAAGGAUACGGUAAAUGCGAGGUCAAUAGAUUGAGGCUCCAGAGCGUGAACGGAUGCGAUGAUAGGCGCCACCAUGGUUAGGAGAAAUUGACAAGACGAGGCUAUGAGAAUGGUGAUAGAGCGUUGUAAUGAUGGGAAAAUACAGAAUGCCAUUAUUUGAAGUGGCGUCUCGGCAAGUGUUUGGGGGGAGGAGGGUU